CGCCGGGAGCGUCCCGAGCCGCGGGGGAAGGUCCGCGUGAGGCUCUGACGGCCCCGCGGAGGCGCAUGGCGGCCUCCGGUGCGCUCGGCACUUUCCGUCUCCCGCCGUUGCCCACGAUUCGAGAAAUCAUUAAGUUGUUCAAACUGCAGGCGGCGAAGCAGCUCUCCCAGAACUUCCUCCUGGACUUGAGGCUGACAGAUAAAAUUGUGAGGAAAGCUGGCAAUCUGACGAAUGCGUAUGUGUACGAAGUAGGCCCCGGGCCAGGGGGAGUCACCAGAUCCAUUCUCAAUGCCGGUGCUGCUGAGCUUCUGGUGGUGGAGAAGGACAGUCGCUUCCUUCCUGGACUGCAGAUGCUUUCUGAUGCAGCACCGGGGAAACUGAGGAUUGUCCAUGGAGAUGUGUUGACAUUUAAGGUCGAAAGGGCUUUUCCAGAAAGUCUUAAACGACAGUGGGAGGAUGAUCCUCCAAAUGUACAUAUUAUUGGAAAUCUGCCUUUUAAUGUGUCGACUCCACUCAUAAUCAAGUGGCUUGAAAAUGUUUCUCAGAGAGAGGGGCCUUUUGCUUACGGCAGAACCCAGAUGACGUUGACUUUCCAAAAGGAAGUGGCGGAGAGACUUGCAGCCAAUACGGGGAGCAAGCAGCGCAGUCGCCUGUCUGUGAUGGCCCAGUACCUCUGCCGCGUUCAGCACGUCUUCACAAUUCCAGGCCGGGCGUUUGUUCCCAAACCGGAAGUGGACGUGGGCGUGGUGCACUUCACGCCCCUGCCGCAGCCCAAGAUAGAGCAGCCCUUCAAGCUGGUGGAAAAAGUCGUUCAGCACGUGUUUCAGUUCCGGAGGAAAUACUGCCAUCGAGGGCUUGGAAUGUUAUUCCCUGAAGCCCAGCGCUUGGAACGCACUGGGCGGCUGUUACAGUUGGCAGAUGUGGACCCGACUCUUCGCCCCUGCCAGCUCUCUGUCUCCCAUUUUAAGAGCCUCUGUGACGUGUACCGGAGAAUGUGUGAUGAAGACCCGCACCUCUUCGCUUAUAAUUUCAGAGAAGAGCUCAAGAAAAACAAACGCGCCGGUCAGGAAAGAGAGGCUGACAGGGAGAGUCGCAGUCUAUAGCUGCACUUCGGGGGCUAGCAGCUUACCCAGCGUGGACUUUCACCAGGUCGAGCGCCUCACACGUGUACUCUGACUUCUACAGAAUGACAAAAAUACCAAUUGCCAGAGGUGACUUUCUUCCCGUUUACUGUACAGGUUGGUAGAAAAAAAUAAAUAUAAUCAAGUUACA